UUAUGGAAUAAUAUGAUCAUACAAACUAAUUUAUAGAGCUUACGUUAGCCUAACAAACACUAGUUCUUAAUCAAACUGCUACUAAAAGUAGGCCUUUCAAAGCUUGAAUAACAUAUUGUAUCUGAUAUAAAAUAAUGUAGAUAAAUAUUUUUCAUUAGAUUUCUUAAAACACUGCAAACUAAAUGAAAUUUAUAUAACGUCAGAAUUGUUUCCUCUUGUAGAUUUCGGUGAAAUUCUCUACUGUAGUCACGUGUCUGCCUAUCAUUACUUCGUUGCAUCUAUCAACUCAAAAUGUGCACUUUACGGUUACGUAUGUGACAGUUACGAUAAUUUUCUGCGAGGAAAAUGCCACAGGGGAUGUGGCAAAAAUAACUCUUUAUGCGCCCCAAUGGGUUUGAAAGCAAUCGAAUGGCAUCACUACAUUCGACCCGAUUCCACAAAAAUGUUCCUUCAGACUACAGUCGAUAUACCGUAUUGUAUGUAUCAUUAUUAUGUAGAAUUAGUAUGCAAUUACAGAGACGAAGAAAUGCUCUAUAAAUAUGGAAGGAAUAAUAAUAAACUAUUCAUCAAUUUAUACGGAUCAAAAUUACAGACGGGUUUUCAAGAAGUUUCUUUUAUAAGCACGCGUUUCAACUCUAAACCUACAGUGGAAUUUUUGUUAGCUUCGAAAAAUGUGGGUGUUAUUCACAGAGUAGAUCUCAAAUGGAAGCAAGCCAAUGAAAUAGGAAUUUAUUUAGAUUUGUGUGGUCCUUCUUACAACGCUAAACAGGAAUGUAACGAAUGCUCUUUCUGUUUUAAAGAAAUCAGAAUCUAUACUCUAGAGACGAAUGUUUGGAAUAUAUUCUACAGUGAUAACUACACAUCGACCCGGAACGAAACCAAAACUUUUCGUGUCACUCCACAUCAUGACUCUUGGAAAUCUUCGUUCGUAGAAACAUCCCUGUACAGAUAACACAUUUAACUAUUGAUAAAUUUGUUUUAUAUUCUAUGAAUAUAAAUUAUAUAUUACGUAACUUCUAACAAAAACAAAUAUGUACAAAAUUAAGCAAGUAAUUAUUCGCUCGUCAGUCUCAGGUAUGAACUUAUGUAUAUAAACAAUAACAUUUUAAAAAAAAGAGAAUAAAAUAUAUUAUAUAAAUAUUUAAAUUUUUGUUUAUUGAAGCAUAAUUUCCGCUCUUUCUCUGCAAAACAGAGCAUACAGUAUUUCUUUAUAUCAAAUAGGAGAAAUCUAGAUCAACAUUACUUUUGUUUUUAUUCACUUAAAAAUCUCUUUUGAAAACUCUAGAACAGGUGAUUUAUUUUCUAAGAUUUCUACUUUGAAAACCAUGAAAAAAAGGGGGGAACCAAAAAUCGAUUUAAAUUACUUUAAGCUGUCUUUCCUCGAAGGUCGAAUUUUAUGAAAGAUUAAUGGUUUUAUGUAACCAUUAACCUUUCACACAAUUCUAAAUUCCUCGUGUAAUAAAACAAAGGAGAAUAAAAUUUAUAAUAGUAAACACUCUCAAACGCAUGGAUGAACACGUGCUUUCUAUUACUCAAUUCAGUUACGUAAGCUUUGUUUAGCAUACACUACAAGUAUUUUUAAAUCUACUUUUCGACAAAAGAGGGCGACACUGUAUAAAAUUACCGUAACGUUCUACGUUACGCAAUAUUUCGAAACUGAUGCUUUUUAGAUCAAUAAUGCUACACACAAAAUGAAACCAAACCUACUCUUGUUUAGAUACGAAACCAGACGACCCCCCUUCAAUAAGUUCUAUAAUUCAUCUAAAUAUUUCAACGGAAUUCUUUUUUUUUUUAAAUUGAAGCUAAGGAGCACAUACCAUCCCUCAUCGUAACACGCCACAUCACGUGUCGAACGAUCGUGAUGUUGAAGAAAUUUCCAAACAAAAAAAAACGGUUUUACAGAUCGAUAUUCGAGAAAACGAAAGCGUAUACUUUUCUUCAGAAAGGUCGCGAUUUGAUUUAAUAAUAAUUAAAUUCGAGUUCUCUAAUCUGUAUUCUGCUUCCUCCCGGUUACUCGAUCUUCCGUUACUUUUCCUAGAAGGCUGGCGUAGUAAGGUAAACGUGUGAAUGUAAAUGGCUAUCGCAUUUCCGUGUUGAAGUUAGCCGUUUUCGUGUAGCUCGUUAGUAAUACGAAGAAAAAUUCCGCCUGAUAUUUUUCGACCAAUACCGGGAAAGAUGCAUCGACUUAAAUUAAAAGAAUUCACGUGAUACAAUGGAUUCCGGUAAUUCACCAUUCCAGGAAACAUUGAUCGAUGAAGGAAUUUCCCAUGAGUAGAAAAGGGAAAGGAUACUUCGAAAGUGAUGUUGCUCGACUUCUAAACGUCUUCCAACCUCGAAAACAUUCCGCUAGCUGUAAAAAGAAUUAAAACAGAACGCUUUUUAUGCGACGUAUAAAGCAAAUUAAACACAAUAAAAAUGAACGAACUAGAUUGUUGCAACAACAAAAAACCUAGUUGUUUGAGCACACCUGCGAAGGUUAAAAAUCAGCUCGUGGACCUUAGUAACAUAUGGUGUGACGUCACAGUAGCGGUCGUUAUGCAUGGGGACGACGAUCAGACACUUUUCAAGGUUAUCUGUCGCUAAUUUAAGGGAAUAAGCAAACAAUGGUGAAAAU